CAAUGACGUGUGUAAAACAGGAAGAACUUCCAAUUGUGUUUAUUCCGUGGUUGGAUUACAUAUUUCUUGGAAGCCUUGCCAGUUAAAAAGGUGUUGCUGUCUCUCUUACCAACCACACAAUGACGCACUGGUUUCAUCGAAAUCCUUUGAAGGCGACAGCGCCCGUGUCGUUCAAUCUGUAUGGAGUGGCAUCCAGUCCUGCAGCCAGUAAAAUUUGCAAUGACCUGAGGACAACACGGGCUAGGCUUUUGGACAUGUUCACAGAUGCUACCUGCACUCCAGAGAUCAUGAAGAAGGCCAUUGAUGACUAUUUCUCGCUUUUACAGGGGUUCAUUGUAUCUCUUGAUGGUACUACACAAGAGAACAAGCUACGUUUCAUUCAGAACUUUAAGUGGACUGACACUUUGCAAGGAAACACACCAAGUUCUCAACAAGAUGCUGUUUUUGAGCUGGUAUCCAUGGGAUUUAACAUUGCCAUUUGGCAUACUAAAUUUGCAUCAAGGCUUGCUGGAAAGGAAAACAUCACUGAAGAUGAAGCAAAGGAUGUUCAUAAGAGUCUGAAAAUUGCUGCUGGAAUUUUCAAGUACCUUAAGGAGAUUCAGAUACCCCGUCUUAUCACACCAGCUGAGAAAGGCAGAGACCUGGAGCUGAGGGUCAUUGACACCUACAUUGUGCAGAGUCAAGCAGAGGCUCAGGAAGUGACCAUUGCCCGUGCAAUUGAGCUGAAGCAUAAUGCAGGCCUUAUUGCAGCAUUGGCAUUUGAGACAGCAAAUUUCUAUCAAAAGGCUGAUCAUACUCUUAACACUCUGGAUCCAGAUUACAGCAGUAAGUGGAGAAAGUAUCUGCAGCUGAAACAGCACUUUUACAUGGCUUAUGCACACUGCUACCAUGGACAGACUCUCCUUGCUAGUGACAAAUGUGGAGAGGCCAUAAGAUCCUUGCAGGAGGCUGAAAAGUGUUACUCACGUGCAGAGGUGCUGUGUAAAGAAUACCGUCAGACCAAAGGCCCAGGGAGCACUGCUAAGCCCUCUGAACAGCUCUUCUUUAGGAAACUUGGUGGUCUGAUCAAGAACACUCUGGAAAAAUGCCAGAGGGAAAAUGGCUUCAUAUACUUCCAUAAGGUGCCUGCAGAAGCUCCUGUUUUGGAGCUGAAGGCAAGUUACGGCUUGGCUGAGCCCAUUACCUUCGACCUCCCUUCUCUCAGUGACCAGUGCACUCCUGAGGUCUAUGCCACAUUUGAUCUCACUAGAGGACUGAAAGAUGACCAGGCAAAAGCGAAACCCAAGCAAGAGGAGGAGAUUAAACCCGUGAAGGAACCUGAUCUCAAGCCUCAGAAAGACACUGGUUGUGUGAUAUCUUAGGCAUUUUCAGGACCUAUCCACCAGUGUGUUUCUGUCUACAGUACUAGAAUGGGAGUCUAGAUCCUUUUCCUUCCCAUUAAAUCUCAAAAUGUUUAAUCUUUUCAUAUCCCAGGUACAGUGUCUAUACUGAAAUAAGAUCUAAAAAUGGGAAGCAGUACAUUGCAGUACCCUUGUUACUGUAAUGUUUUUUGGAAUGUUUAGCAAAGUCAGUAAUUUAUGUGAAUAACUUUUCACUGUAGUCUUGUUCUUCCAUACAGUUAAAACAGUAAAUGUAGUUUAACAUGAAGAUAAUUUCUGAGAUUGAGGAGGGGACAAGAGAAUUUGAGGUUGUUAAUGUUCAAAUUAAUUUAAUUACUUUAACUGAGUCACAGUGCUUGAAUUAUAUUGUAUGUUUAAUUGAUUCAGAAGUUACUCUCACAAUUUAACUUCUGCUUAAAUAUUAUGUUCAUAUACAAACACUAGAGUAGAGCAUUUCACUGCUCUUGCCACCUCUGCUGAAAAUACAGCUGGCUGUUUGUAAGACUAAUUUUGGGGAUCUCUAGAUGAUUUAAUCAGUGAAAUGCUUUUGGGUGAUAAUGUGGCACUUGGGUUCCUAAUCUAUAGGGCAACUUAUAUCUAAAUUGAAACCAUAUAGAGCUAGUUUCUUGGACUUGGAUUGGACCCAGACUAUAAAGGGCAAUGCUUGUGUUGUUUUGCCUUUAAACAUCCUACGAAGUCUUGGCUUAGGAAAUUAAAGGAAAGAAAUUAAUAACUUAUAAAAAAUAAGAUUUUUUUCUCAGCAGUGGAACAAAGACAGGCACAUGUUAUUUUUUGGGUCACAGACUGAAGCUCCUCAUCUGGUUUACAUGCACAGUGGAGGAAUGGCCAGUUCAAAUUUAAUAUGCACAGAAGUGUUCUUUAAAAAAAAAAGCCUGUGGUCACUUGUUCUUUUACUGGCUUCAAAGACGGAACGUAUCACAGAUUUGGUCGCAUGUAAUGUUUACAGCAAAAUUGUGAAGUGCCAUUAUACCUAUACUACAUGUUACUAGAUACUAGAAGAUAAAAUCUGACCCCCACCCUCCAAGGUAUGUUUUUUGUGACAUUAGGCAUGCAGUGAGGAUUACAAUAAUAAUGCUGUACAUAUGUUUGACAAAAUAUCAAUAUCAGUCUUUGUGAAAUACAUUCAGUGUUUGAAGUUGUUUUCCUUUUACCUGAGCUGCUUUUGCUAUGUUUCUGUUUUCUAACUGGGCUGAAUUUGAAAUUGUUAGUAGUCUGUAAGCAAAUUUCUCAUUCCGGGAAACCAAUAUGGCUCAUUUAUAAGCGGAAAAAUACUGUGCUAUGGUAAGUACAAAAUACACAGUGGAUUGUCUACUAAAUAUGUUGUUAUAAAUUUUCAUAAAUCCAUAGAUCUUUCUGAUAUUGAAUGUGUUCAUAUACACAAUUAUGCACAGACACACACAUAAAAUAUUCUGUCCAUUAUUUCACAUUUGAAAGUGUGAACAUCAAGUUAGCUUGUACUAGUACUAAAUAUGACAGACACAGAGAUUAUACACACAAUUCAAUACAUGCAUAACAUAAUUUACUUAUACUACUGAUUUCAAUACUCAACUUUUUUUUUAAAUUUCCUUUUAAUUAUAUAUGUAAAUAAUUACAGUUCUGUAGAGGGAAAGAUCUCAGAUGCCUAAAUUCACAUUUUUUACAUUAGUUAGUCAAUAUCUAGAUAUGGUGAUCUCCAGAAUAUGUACUUGCAGAUUGCUGUGACUCACUGUCAUAUAUUUAUUGCCUUCAUCCAUUAAAAAGUUUGUCAAAUA